AUGGCUAAACACGAAGAGCUUCCAAUCCCCGUUUUCGAAACUCUGGAGCCUGUAUAUGGCGGUGAUCCUCACUUGGAAGAAGCUCGCCUUCGUUUCGAUAAUUUGAAGUCUAAAUUUCUCAAAUUCUUCGGUCACCAACCUCAACUCUUCGCUCGCUCACCGGGGAGAGUGAACUUGAUCGGGGAACACAUUGACUAUGAAGGAUACUGUGUGUUGCCCAUGGCCAUUCGCCAAGAUACGAUCGUCACCAUUCGGAAAAACGAAGGCCAAAACGUUCUUACAAUUGCGAAUGUCAAUGACCAAACAUAUGCCACGUGUACUUAUCCUGCUGAUCCUAACCAGGCGCUUGACUUGAAGCAUCACAAAUGGGGCCACUAUUUUAUUUGUGGGUACAAAGGUUAUUACGACUACGCAAAAUCGAAAGGAGUGGACGUUGGUCAACCGGUUGGGCUUGAUGUCCUUGUUGAUGGAAUAGUUCCCACAGGUUCUGGACUUUCAAGCUCUGCGGCGUUUGUUUGUUCUUCUACAAUUGCUAUUAUGGCUGCUUUUGGUGUGAACUUUCCAAAGAAAGAAAUUGCACAAGUUACAUGUGACUGUGAACGACAUAUUGGCACGCAGUCUGGUGGGAUGGAUCAGGCAAUCUCUGUCAUGGGCAAAGCAGGGUUUGCAGAGCUGAUUGAUUUUAAUCCAAUCCACGCAACAGAUGUGGAACUUCCAGCUGGCGGGACUUUUGUUAUAGCCCAUUCUUUGGCAGCGUCUGAGAAGGCUGUUACUGCUGCUACAAAUUAUAACAAUAGGGUUCUUGAAUGCAAUUUGGCUUCUAUUGUGCUUGGCAUAAAGCUAGGAAUGAAACCACAAGAGGCAAUAUUAAAAGUGAAAACAUUAUCUGAUGUUGAAGGCAUGUGUGUAUCAUUUGCCCGUAAACAUAACUCUUCUGAUCCUGUUCUUGCUGUCAAGGAAUUUUUAAAGGAAGAACCUUACACAGCUGUUGAAAUUGAAGGAAUUACUGGGGAGAAGUUGACAUCAUCUUUUAGCAAUAAUACAGCUUAUUUGGAUGUCAUAAACGUUGCUAAGCAAUACAAGUUGCACCAGAGAGCUGCACAUGUGUAUUCAGAAGCCAAUAGGGUUCAUGCUUUCAAGGAUGUUGUAUCAUCAAAAUUAAGUGAGGAUGAUAAGCUAAACAAGCUUGGUCACCUUAUGAAUGAAAGUCAUCAUAGCUGCAGUGUUUUAUAUGAAUGCAGCUGCCCAGAGUUGGAAGAACUUGUAAAAAUUUGCCGUGACAAUGGUGCUCUUGGGGCAAGGCUAACUGGAGCCGGAUGGGGUGGUUGUGCUGUUGCUUUGGUAAAAGAGAACAUCGUACCACAAUUUAUCCUUAGUUUGAAGGAACGUUUCUACAAAGCUAGAAUUGACAAGGGCGUGAUCAAGGAGAACAAUGUUGACAAUUAUGUUUUUGCUUCUAAGCCAUCAAGUGGUGCUGCCAUCUUCAAAUUUUAG